AUGGCCGAUGAGCGAAUAGUUUUCGCAACGGUUGGAACAACAAGCUUUGAUUCUCUAGUUGAAACGUUAUGCAGGAAGCCAGUGUUGAAUACACUAGAACGUUUAGGAUACAAAAAAUUAAUCAUUCAGAUAGGACGAGGCAGCUACGAACCCGAGUCUUUCCGUAGCAAGGAUUUUGCUUUGGAAUAUUAUCGAUAUAAAGAAUCGCUAAAAGAUGACAUGAGUCUUGCAUCUUUGAUUAUCAGUCAUGCCGGUGCUGGCUGUAUAACCGAAUCUCUUUCUUUGAAAAAACCACUAGUGGUUGUGGUGAACGAAAAACUGAUGAACAAUCAUCAAUUUGAGCUAGCUAAGCAGCUUGCAAUAGACAGAUAUUUAAUUUACUGUGUUUGUGACGACCUUAAAGAUGUCUUAGAGAAGAAAGACUUUUUGUCUCUAAAACCUUUUCCACCUGGAGAUCCUAAAUUAUUUGGCAAAUUCCUUGAUGAGUUUAUGGGUGUAGCAGCAUAAUCAGCAAAAUCAGCAGAAUUGUGUUUUUUUUUCAAUAUAUGAGAGCUUUAAAAUCAAUAUUGAAAAUUAUUUCAAAAUUUUACAAAAUUUUGCAUAUUGCAUUUUUUGCAACAAUUUCAUAUUUAUUAUUCAAAUAUAAAUACUUUGUUACCCUAACUCAUAUUAUCUUACAUGUUAGCAAGCCCUUUGUAUAUAAUCCCUGAUCUAUUGCUUUUGUUAUAAUAAAAUGCUUACAAACUUA